CUCAUUUCUGAACAAACCAGCUGUAGCACAACAUUUGCACAGGAUUCUAACAAGGAGCCUGCAGGAGUUAUUUCUCAUUCAGCAGAAUGCCAAGCCAGCUUCAAGAUGCCAUGGGUGCACUGAUAACAGUUUUCUACAACUACUCCGGGAAUGAUGGAGAUAAACACAAGCUCAACAAAGGCGAGCUGAAGGAGCUCCUGAACAGCGAACUCACGGAGUUCCUCGCGUCUCAGAAAGAUCCCAUGCUGGUGGAGAAAAUCAUGAACGAUCUGGACUCAAACAAAGACAAUGAGGUGGAUUUCAACGAGUUUGUUGUGUUGGUGGCAGCCCUGACUGUAGCCUGCAACGACUUCUUCCAAGAGCAGAACAAGAUGGCCAAAUAGAUAUCCACUGUAAACCAAAUGUAAAUCUUAAAUCUGCAGUCAUUCACAUUGGUUGCAUAAAUGAUUUCUCCCAAAUUUUUUGAAAACCCCCUUACCUGCUUAAAAUAGCAUAGAGUAGUUGUUACUGCUAAUUAGUUCUGUGACAUUUCCCUUUAAAAACAGCGGCGUCAUCUAAAACCGUGUUUGUAUAUUCUGAUUAGCAUUUUUGUCCCAACAGAUAUCCCAGUUGACACGUUCCUUCUUCCUAAACUUUAAAUGUCAAAUGUAUAAUAUCUAAUAUUUCCCUGAUGGCUCAUUAGGCAGGAAACAUUUUUUCCCCUUGUCAGUUUAGCUCUCAGCUCCUAUGAGAAAUGUUCUCUAUCCCCUAUGUGCUGUGCUAAGCUAGAGUCAAGGAAAACGUGCACAAGUUCAUGGUAAACAUGUCAAGUGUUCCCUUCUAUUGAAUGUUCCAGCUUAUGUUUAGAUGCUUGCUUCUUUCCUGAUGCAUUUUAAAUCUUUUUUUUUAUAAAACUCUAUGCAUUUGAUUUCACAAUUUUAUUAUUUACAGCUGCUGUCAAGUGUUCAGUGACAUCAUGUCGAAGCUAAAUCUAGUCAGCAAACUCACUGCAUCAUCUGCAAUGUAGGGCCAGUCCUAAGUAUUAGACAGAUCACUAUUUAUUUGACAAAAAGUCGGUUUAUUAGAUCAAGAGAAAAAGAGAAAUAAGAGACGUUAAGCUUAAAAUAUUAGUAUGAUUACAAAUCAGAAAAAUCAAAUUGACAUUCGACGUUUGAUGUCCAGUGAAUGGAGCAUGACUUGAAGUUGUAGCUUUAAAUAAAUAGGAUAUAUAAGGGGAAGCUUUAAAAAAUCUGAUUUAUAUUUCUUUGAUCUCCCAGGUUCCAGAGUUGUGUUUUGUGUGGGAGAGCUUUGGAUUUUUUUCACUAAGUCAAUAACUCAUAAUGGUGGAUAAUGUCAUUGUAAAUUAGGACCUUUAUUUAAAAGGUUUUUCACAAGGGUAGAAUAAUCAUUCAGUGAACAACUUUGAUAAUUUCUAAAAAUGCAAAAGGAUUAUUAAUUUUUGGAUUUGAAGCCAGGUUUUAGCAUAAUUCUAGAUGUAGAAUUGAGUAUGUCUUGGCUAAAUUAGCAGAGUUCAUUUGAGUUGUUUUUCAUUGUCAUGGAGCUGGCUCAUAAGCAUAUACCACCAAUGUUAAGUAGGGUUGAGGUCAGAGCUUUCGGGAAGACCAUUGUGAAACAUGUUUUAGCUAUUCCAAAACCAGUUCUGAUAUGGGUUUGGGAUCCUUGUUCUGAGCACCCAGUCAUGUUGAUUUGCCAUUAAGUUGAAGAAUUGUGAGGCAAAACUCCUGCCUUAUUAUUCAGUUCACCUUGUGUCUUGCACCAGUACCAUCGGUACCACUGGCAUAAUGCUACCAUCACUAUGCUUGACAGUUAGUGCUGUGAUUUGAAGUCUAAAAGUCUCACCUUGACUUCUCCAAACACUCUUCUUGUCACUGUGGUCAAAAAGCUCAACCUUUUUUCGGUAAGACCUUGAAACGUCUCUAACAAGAUUAUUCAUGUGUGUUACGAACCCUGAAAGGAAAGGGGGACAGUAACAUGACAACCACAGUAGUCCUUGCAAAAGUAAAAAAAGGUUUUAUUUUUGUCUCCAGAAAGAUGUCUGAAAAGGUUGCAAAGCAUGUGGAGGAGAGCAUACAUAGUGUAUCUAACAGAAAAUAACCUAUGUAUGAAAAAUGUACAGGGUAACCCAAACCCACUAGGUCCUCUAACUCCCACCACAAACCUUCAAAAGAGAAUGCUCCAGAGAAGCAACACAGGUUUGCCAAACAGUCAUCUGCAAGGUGAGGAAGAAGACACCCAGCCCCACAGGUGAGCUUCCUUAUAGGACAGUCCUGAGUCCUGGUUGGUCAUUUCAAAUUCUCCAUCCAAUCAGAGCUCAAAAUUCCAAAUUCGGCCAGGCCUGAAGGUAAGAAUUUUGAUCCAAGUUUUCCUGAGCAUCCGAACCAAUUCCAUUCUUUUCAUCUCAGGCUGAAACUUGGUUUUAGAUAAUAGAAACUUGGACACAUUGUGUGUUGCAGCAGGAUCAUGAAACACACCAAUAAAACUAAACACCCAUUAAAACUAGCUAGUAUUCAAGUUUUAUGUUCUAAAAUCAUUCGACCUUUAAAGAAACAUGAUAAAACAGUCUAAAUGAAAGCAUAUUGAAGUGUUACAAAGAACCAGCCAGAUUAAUCAUUUUAAGCUCACCAUUAAUGUGACACUCGUGCCAAUGAUAAGUGAAUAGAAAGCUUUAACCACAGCUAGCUAUGUGCACAUGGAAGUUUUACUCUGCUAUCCUUUCCAGGACAUCACUCGGGGCAAGAGGCCUCGUGUUUUUCGAGAAAUAACUUUGCAGCUUGUACCAGUGAUGCAUGGCGAUCGCAGUCCUCACAGACCACCUGGGUCCUGCUGCAUCAGCCAAAUACGUUGACACGUCUUCCCCCCUCAAGCAGAGAUCCUAAUGUUCCCAACUCAGCGAGGACAAAAGUGACUCAGGCUGUAAGGGUUUUCCUCUGUAGGUCCACUUCCCAAAAUACCAAAAGCAGACGGCUAAUUUGCACUGACAUUCUCCGUGGUGACGUGGGAGAAAACUAUUGAAAUUAAAGUGUGAGUGUGAUGCUUUUAUCCUAGCAGAUGGUGCCUGCAAAGACCCUCCCCAUUACAAUGCAAUUUGUCUGUGAUUGGCAGCAAUCAAACAGGAUAAUCAUCCGUGGGAAGAUGCCAUGAAGUAAUUAUGUUUUUUGUUGCGUUUAUAAAAAGGUUGUAAUCAAUGCUGAGCGCCAAUUCAUGAUUUUCAGAUGUGGAUAUUUAAAUUCUCGCUCUUAUGAUUGCUUUCCUCUUCCUGUGGACGUAACGUGCAGGGAAAAAAAAGAAACUUCUAGUAGAGUUUCCUCUUCCCUGAACAUCAUAAAGUUUGAGUCAUGAACCUCUCAUUGCUUCCUAUGUCACUGUAAUCAUCUUGUUUGUGUGGGAGGAAAAUUACUCCAAUUUUACAGAAAGAUCAUAAAACAGUUCAGACAACAAUGUUUGCACCUGAAUUGCAUAUGCAACAGUUCCUCACCAUGAAGCGGUAAUCUGAGAGCCACUAUUGGAAUGCAUUUCUUUGUGUAAAAUCCUGGAAAUCCACAAAAUGACACUGGAUGUAGGAUAUUGUCACAGAGGAAAGAUGAGGACCCAAACAAAAAGACUCGACUAACAUCAAGAAAAUAUAAAAUAAGUUGAAAAAAUUUUUGCAGCCGCAGCUUAAAGAACUACAAAUGUGACUGUGUGCAAUGGAAACCCGAACUACACUUAUUAGCCACUUUAUCCUGAUCCUGAUACACCUCUGAGCUGCCAAGUCAGAGGGUCCAAAUCCUGCUUUAGUGAAUUUUGCAAAAUUGGCCACCUUCACAGCUCAAGAUCAUAAUACAGUGAGACAUGAAAGCCCUAUGUGACCAGCCGGUAAAAACACACCGGAACCAUCUACGUCAUUGGGCGGGUUGCAUUGAAGGGUGCCAAAGCAGAACAGUUUUCUCAGCAGUGGUCAUGCUGACGAAAGUGAUGCAUACCAUGAAUAGCGGAAAAUGUCCUCCACAUAUUUUUUUUCUGUAAUGCUUUGUGUAUCUAUCUGCACUCUUCGAAGUUCCACUCCACAUUUUAUUUGGUUUGGCAAAGCCUUGGGUUUAUUUUGAAAACUCACAUAUGCGAGACAUUGUAGGCUUGAAGUGCCAAAGGGAGCUUUAUGAGGGCUUGUCUUUGAAAUCUUUAUAGUUGAAAAGGUUUGUGUAAUAGACUUGUAUUUCUGUGAGCUGUACUCCUUAUUUCCCUGAACAUUUUCCCACCAAAAAUGUCAAACUGGGUUGGGUUAGGUUGUUUAAGCAGUUUUGCUCAAGGUGAUUUUGCCUCUAGCAUGUUGUACAAGCAGAAACCUUCCCUUCAGAGUCCUCCUGGCUAGCCUGAAACACUGUAUCUCUUUAUUAAUGUUAACCUUUUCACUGUCGGCACUAGUGAUGGACUGGUACUCUCUCAGUUGCCUCCAGAUAUUUUAUUCAACACUCAACCCUGAUCCCUGAAGUUGGUGUAGUCGAUGGAGUUUGAUUCAUGUAUUUGUGUUUGAGAAUUGUUCUCAGCUUCAUGUGUUUGGAAAGAAAUAUUAAAAUGUUGUGCCUACAGGUAUAACUGGAGUAUAUUAAUGAAUAAACAGUACUCAUUUCAA